CGUCACAUACUGCUAGUACUAGCAGAGUAGCUAGCAGAGGCCGGCGGAAGGCAGCGAGAAGGGGAACAAAGGCGGCAGGAUAAGCAAGAGGGGCUGCUAAAAGGAUGGGCACGUCUUUCGGAAGCUGCAAGCUGCCGGAUGAGCAAUACUACAAGCAUUUGGAUGAUGAAAAGAAGUAUUUCUUGGUCCUUAUGUUGGGUGAUUUCAAAGAUGCGAUGCAGAUAAUCCCAGAAGAAGUUGUGCGGCGUUUGAAAGGUGAGAUCCCAGGAGAGAUCAAGCUAGAAACCCGAAAUGGUUACAGUCACACUAUUGUGGUUGCCAAGAACCAAGAAAAGCUUGUCCUUACAGUGGGUUGGCGGCAAUUCAUCGAAAACUAUGAUCUACAGAUUGAUGAUUCCUUAAUGUUCAGAUACAAAGGAAACUCUCAGUUUAAUGUCAUGAUCUUUGAUAAGCUUGGUCGUGAAAAAGCAUUAUCAGUUGUUCUGGAUCCUUUUUUGCAUCGGGUCCAAGACAGGCGCAACGAGGCACAUGAAAUCGGGUCUUCUAAAAAGAUGGAUGUGCCUUCGGAAAGAUGCAAGAGCCGGACUGAAUAUCACUACGCAAACUUGGAUGAUGAGAAGAAAUAUUUCUUGGUGCAUAUGAUGGGCGAUUUUCAACAUCAGAUGAUCAUCCCAGAAGUAUUUGUUCAGCGUUUCAAGGGCGAAUUCCCAAGAGAGAUGAUACUUCAAACACAAAAUUGCCACAGUUACGUAAUUGGAGUUGCAAAGAACAAUGGAAAUCUUGUCCUUACAGUGGGAUGGGGGAAUUUGUUGGGAUCUUUGGUCUAGAGAUGGGUGACACCAUAGUAUUAAGAUACAUUGGGAACUCUCGGUUUAAUGUCAUAAUCUUUGAUGAACUUGGCUGUGAGAAGGUAUCAUCAGUUUUUGUGGAUCCUUCUCCGCCUCCUGUGCAAGAAAGGCGAACAAGUGCUACUGAUACUGUGAAAAGUUCUCAUUUUCGUCCUCAGGCCAUACAAACGCAGCCAUUUAGCAUAGGGAAAGAGAUGCCAAUGGAGUCACCACGCCUCCAAAUGGAAACGGACAAGUCAUGUCAAGACAAGAACACCGUGAUAAGUACUUCCUCCUGCGAGUCAUCAGGAGAUUGCUUCUCCUCUGAAGAAGAAUAUGGAGUAGGUGAAGUUGAAGAAGAAUAUGGAGUACGUGAAGUGCCUGGUUCCGAUUUUAUCGUCAGGAAGAAGAAGGUCAGGCUAUCAUCAAUUCAGAAGGAGCGGUUGAAGGACGGUUACAUUACCGUGAACGAGACCAAACUAACUCCAGCUCAGAAGGAAGUUGUGAAGCAUAAGGUCCAGUCCAUAGACUCAGAGAUCCCCAUCUUUGCUGCCGUGAUGCGCAAGUCUAACCUUUAUUCAAGAUUCAAUCUGACACUAUGCUAAGAAAUAUCUCAAAGAGGAGCCAAGCAUGUGUCUUCGGCGGCGGGAAAAGGAGUGGGGGGUGCGGUUCGGUGAAAACAAUGGCGGUAAUAAGCUCAGGAUCGGAUGGAAACAGUUUGUAGAAGGCAACAAGCUGAAGAUGGGUGAUAUCUGCCUCUUUAAACUGUUGACCGAUGAGAGGAGAACCAUGACGGUCUAUAUCAUCCGCGCAAAUUUUGUCAAUUAUUGGGCACGUCUCAAUGAUGCUGACCGGGAAGCGGCGUUCCGGAGAGGGGCUCUUGCUCAUCAGGUGGAUGGGGCGCGUGCUCCUGUCUUGAGGUUGCUUCACAUCGCUAACUGUCAAUAUUGGGGUAAACGAGUGAUCCUAUCGAUCAUAAGGCCUCGGUUACAUUGUAUAGUAGUAGAAACUUGAAACUGUUCUGGUGCUUGAUGUACCUCUGUAUUUUGACGUUAUGUUAUCUUCGCAGACCUGGAACUCCUCUGGCUGUAGUUUUUAGCUGCCUUUUAGUUUACUGUUGCACCCUCU